GUCUCCGGAAGCUCUGGCUACCCUGUUAACGUGUCCGGUGAGUGAGGCGCGUCGCAAAAGGUCGCGGCGGAACUUCCCUGCGCUUUUCAGACCAUACGCUUUACGGUACUAGGCAUUGCUGAGCUGGGAGAUGUCGGCAGCGGGUUGGGAGGAACCGUGGGGUCCUCCCGGCGGCUUUGCGAAGCGGGUCCUGGUGACCGGCGGUGCUGGUUUCAUUGCAUCACAUAUGAUUGUCUCUUUAGUGGAAGAUUAUCCAAACUAUAUGAUCAUAAAUCUAGACAAGUUGGAUUACUGUGCAAGCUUGAAGAAUCUUGAAACCAUUUCUAACAAACAGAACUACAAAUUUAUACAGGGUGACAUAUGUGAUUCUCAUUUUGUGAAACUGCUUUUUGAAACAGAAAAAAUAGAUAUAGUACUACAUUUUGCUGCGCAAACACAUGUAGAUCUUUCAUUCGUACGUGCCUUUGAGUUUACCUAUGUUAAUGUUUAUGGCACUCACGUUUUGGUAAGUGCUGCUCAUGAAGCCAGAGUGGAGAAGUUUAUUUACGUCAGCACAGAUGAAGUAUAUGGUGGCAGUCUUGAUAAGGAAUUCGAUGAAUCUUCACCCAAACAACCUACAAAUCCUUACGCAUCAUCUAAAGCAGCUGCUGAAUGUUUUGUACAGUCUUACUGGGAACGAUAUAAGUUUCCAGUUGUUAUCACAAGAAGCAGUAAUGUUUAUGGACCACAUCAAUAUCCAGAAAAGGUUAUUCCAAAAUUUAUAUCUUUGCUACAGCACAACAGGAAAUGUUGCAUUCAUGGGUCAGGGCUUCAAACAAGAAACUUCCUUUAUGCUACUGAUGUUGUAGAAGCAUUUCUCACUGUCCUCAAAAAAGGGAAACCAGGUGAAAUUUAUAACAUCGGAACCAAUUUUGAAAUGUCAGUUGUCCAGCUUGCCAAAGAACUAAUACAACUGAUCAAAGAGACCAAUUCAGAGUCCGAAAUGGAAAAUUGGGUUGAUUAUGUUAAUGAUAGACCUACUAAUGACAUGAGAUAUCCAAUGAAGUCAGAAAAAAUACAUGGCUUGGGAUGGAGACCUAAAGUGCCUUGGAAAGAAGGAAUAAAGAAAACAAGUUUUAUCUCCCAUCUUCUGGCCAUCAGGGUGCCAGCCACCUUUGCUCAUUCUGCCUGAUCAGCAUGACGCCAUCAAUGUGAUAGAUCAGUGUGACAUUCUACAGGAUGUUCAGGAGACCUGAGUCUCUUAGGAGAGCAGAACUUACUUACAUAGCCCUAAGGUGAUACUGCAAAUGCUCCCGGUUUCUGAUCGUUCAUGAUUGAGAUGGAAAAGAACACAUUCAGCAAAUCAGUGGCUGGAUACUAUGUUCCAGAGGCCUUCUAAUCCACUUCAGCCAAGAAGAUGUCACUUGAGCACAGCAGCUGGUAUGUAAGUUUGCCUUCGGAACCUGGUAUAUAAGUUUGGAUAUUUGUCCCCGCCCAAAUCUCAUGUUGAAUUGUAAUCCCUAGUGCUGCAAAUGGGGCCUGGUGGGAGGUGUUUGGGUCAUGGAGGAGAACCCCUCAUGCUUGACAUUGUCUUCGACAUAGUAAGUCCUUGUGAGAUCUGGUUGUUUUAAAGUGUGUGACACCUACUCCCACCCCCCACCCCCCACCCCCCGCCACUGCCUCUGUCUCUUGCUCCUGCUUUUACUGUGUAAUGUGCCUGCUCCCAAUUUGCCUUCUGCCAUGGGUAAAAGCUCCCUGAGGCCUCCCCAGAAGCCAAGGGAUGUCAGCACCAUGAUUGUACAGCCUGCAGAACUGUGAGCCAAUUAAACCUCUUUUCUUGUAAAUUACCCAGUCACAGGUAUCUCUUUACAGCAGAGCCGCUCCUUAAUUGAGCUGGCCUUGAUUGCAGUAAUUCACCAGGAUCUACUCAGUUCCAGCAGUGGCCAGAUUGGUGAAUUAAAUGGAGCUUUGGUGGGGGCCUCUCUGUAUCCUUGAGAUCUUCAAGGGUGGCAUCAUCUUCACCUCCUCCAAGGUGUGAUUUUGUGUUUUAAAUUGAGACGGGGGGGGUUGGUGGGGAGUCUCACUGUGUUGCCCAGGCUGGUCUCGAACUCCGGGACCCAAGUGGUCCUCCUGCCUCAGCCUUGAUUCUAAAGUGUUGAGUCAUGGGGGUGAAUCCCUCAUGGCUUCUUGACACUGUCUUCGUGAUAGUUCUCAUGUGAUCACUGCUCCCAGCUGUGAUUUUGGUUUUGAUUGACUAUCUCAGCCAGGGCAGUGGCCCAGCUGAGGCAGGUUUGUUACGUUUGCUUCAGCCAAGAUUAGGGCGCUGGUUGGGAAAAUCUAGGACUCUGACGCAAGGAUGAGAUUGUCCGAGUGGAUUCCUUUAAAGACCUCUGCAGCUUUUAAACUAUUAAAUCCUGAGUUUGGUCUUGGGCUUCUUCUGUUCUCCUACCUCAUGAUAAGGCCCUCACACUUAGUUGUCACUUAUUUCUUGUUCUCAACUUUUCAUUACCUGUCUGGAGGGCAUCAAUACAACUUAUUAAAGACCAGCAGUUCCACUGCCCUUGUAAGACUUGUUCUCCUUAGCUUUUCAAGUGCCUGAAUUAUUGCAGUAAGCAGGGCAGGGUGGUCCCCUUCCCAGGAACAUUCCCCCGAGUCACCACUAUGAAAGUUUUAGCAACUACAUCACUACCUUAUGCUAGGGAUUAUUUAUGUCCCUGCCUCACCCAGGAUGGUAUUCUUAUGACCAGCCAGGCAGAAAGUGAUCCAGUCUAAACCCAUCUUAUCAACUGUUUUGUUAGACCGCUCUUAGAAGUGACUGUGUCGUUUGGGUCCUCUGGGAAGUAGGGCUGAGGCCAAAUUAGAGGUGCUAGCAGUUUAUUAAUAGGAUGGGGAGUUAAUGCUUGUGAAAGAUACAAAAGAAGAAGAAAUCUUCAGGCUGCAGCGUAGAUCAGACAGCUGUGUUUUAAAGGAUAUCAGACAGCUGUGAAAAGGAAGGGGUGAGGAAGAGGGUUGGCAGAGUGAGCCUUAGAAUCUCAUCCAGCUCAAGAGGGAUCUGCAGAGCAAAAUCUCCUGAAAAAAAGUCCCACCUGGGCAGAAAUGGCUAGGUUCCCUGUUGUGCUCAGCCAUUGGCCAGGGGCUACUUAGAAACGGCCAGGUGGAUCCUGAAGGCAUUGCAAGUGGAAGCUGCUGGCUAACUGCACUCUUGCCAGCUGAAACGCAAGCUUUUUCUUAAAGGGAAAUCCAGAUGGUAGACCUUGAUAAUUGCCAUUUGUAGGGGAGGACGGGGUCUUGGAGUUUAACUGCUCUCUAUACAGACUUUCAGCCAAACCACUUGGUUUCAUUUGUUUGUUUGUGAGACAGAGAGUCUCACUUACCACCCAGGCUGGAGUGCAGUGGUGCAGUCUUGGCUCACU